AUGGGACAGAGAAUGCUCCAACGCAUGUGGUUCAUCUUCUUGGUUGGCGGCGCACUGUCAGGCGCCGAGUCGGUAGCAGGCAAGACGACAACCAGGGCAACUCCCGACUACACUGUUAGCAUUCCGAAGGAGGGUCUGAAGGCCGAUGUUGAAAGAGUCUUCUGGCUCGCGCCGUCGAAGGUGCUCCGCGUGGACGACUUUUCCACCUCCAACGUGUUCAUGCCUCAGGCCGGCGGAGCGACAAGCCCGACGCCUUCAGAGGAUGCGAUCAACGAUGUCGCCUAUCCGUUUCACAGCGGUGCAUGUGACUUCACAAAAACCAUUUCAUACACACAAAUAUUCCCCAAAUAUACCGGGAAACUAUGGACUAUCUUGCGGGACGCUGGCGCCACAUCGGGACAGGGGACGAGCUACGUGUUCACGAAUCCUCCUGCCGGCAAACUCCGCGGGUUGGCUGGUUUUUGCGUGAGGAUCAUAGGGCCCAGAUCUGUCCUCGAGCAGGUGAAUACCAGUAGCGUUGCACCAGAGCUACAGUCUGGUGCUUCCGGCACUGUUCACGAUUCUCAGGACAGCAAGGCCGCUUCCCUGGUGACGGUCGCUGAGUUCCCUUCUACGGAGCAGGAAGGGGUCCGCCAUCGCGAGGAGCCCCGAAACCCGAAAGGCCCGGUCGUGGCCGAAGAGCACACUGUGUCUACGGCGGCCGCCAUCGCCCCUGCGAAAUCCUCCGUCGAACCCGCAUCGACGGAGGCUGCACAGGAAGAAGCACCGCAGGAUGCACAAGACAGGGCUGCGGGGGGCGUCGUCAGCAACGCGCAGGCAUCUGAACCUGGGGUUUCACAGGACGAGGACAGCAAGGAGCUAAGGGGGCCGGCUGGUCUUGGCCCCGCGGCACCGCUGGAGCAGCCUGACAGAAACCUCGAGCUUCCCGCUGCGUCGCCGGGUGCUGCUCCGCAACUUGAUGCAGGUCUUCGUGCCUCUUCCGAAGCAGGCAAGGCGACUGCAGUCAGUCUCACACCAACGAAGUUUACAGUAUCAUCAGGAGAACACGACGCUCAUAGUGCGGCGGACCGCGACGGCCAGUCCGACCGACAGGGUACAGUCAGUGAAGCUGAUGAAGCACCGCGCGAGCCCGCCGCCGCAGGAAGGCUCUCACGGCGCAGAACCAGGAAGGAUGUGUAUAUGACUAUCGUUGUGGUCUCCGCUGCCCGGGUGCUCUCCACCGGAGCGGCUGCAGUCGGUGCUUCUCUAGUAGCCAUUGCCGCUGUGCUCACGCCGGCCUGCUGA